AUGGAAUCAGCUAACAUUAAUAGUUUGAUUUUCUUCAGGAGUCAUUGGUUCGCCUGGACGGUGUUGGGUUUGUCACGUGAGAAGGUGGCAACUUACUGGCGACGACUUUAUGUGGGCUACAGUAUCGUGAUUAAUCUAUUGGUGACUAUUGGUUAUCCUCUACACUUGGGUUUGGCUUUGUUUAGGAGUCCCACCCAAACGGAGAAUGUCUUGAAUUUAACUAUUUUUGUCACUUGUUUCACCUGUGCAUUGAAAUUUAUGAUUUAUUCAUACAACAUCGGAAAGGUCAGUGAGAUUGAGAGACUUUUAGUAAAGAUGGACAUGCGUGUGAGUGCAUCCGGAGGUCAGAUAAUAAUCUACAAACAGCUAAGACGCAACCAACGUAUGCUCCUGUAUCUCUUUAUGGGAAUCUACUUACCCGUCGGCAUGUUUGCUGAAUUGGGAUUCAUAUUUCAGAAACAGAGAGCCCUCCUCUAUCCCGCUUGGUUUCCCUUCGAUUGGGUGAACUCCACAAGAAAUUUCUAUAUAGCCAAUGUCUAUCAGAUUGUAGGCAUUUCGUAUAUGUUAUUGCAAAACUAUGUAAACGAUUGCUUUCCACCUGUUAAUCUGUGCCUAAUAUCGGCUCAUAUUCAAAUGCUAUAUAUACGAUUCGAGGAAAUCGGCAAAGGCAGAACACAGAAUGCUGAACUCGAGCUCGAAGCCUGCAUGACUGAUCAUAAGCGUUUAAAAGAGCUUUUUCGCUUGGUUGAGUCCUUUAUAUCUCUGCCAAUGUUCAUACAAAUUACUGUGACUGGCAUCAACAUCUGCAUAGGCAUCUUUGCUGUUAUCUUUUAUGUUCGUGAGCCGAUGUAUUGGGCUUAUUUUCUAUUCUACUGUUUGGCCCUAUCAUUGGAAAUCUUUCCCACUUGCUACUUUGGCACCGACAAUGAGUUUUGGUUUGGCCGUCUUCAUUAUGCUGCCUUCAGUUGCGAUUGGCUGCCUCAAAAGCUAAGUUUUAAGAAGAAAAUGUUGAUAUUUACAGAGUGCUCGCUGAAACAUUCUACAGCCAUUGCUGGGGGCAUGUUGCGUAUUCAUGUGGAUACAUUCGCCUCGACUAUGAAAUUUGCGUACUCGCUUUUCACCAUUAUUUUGCGUAUGAGAAGGUCAAGUCAAAGUCAUCAAAAUGAUUGA